AUUUUAUCAUUAUUUGUUCCCUUUCAUAUCCAUUUCAUAUAACUUUUGUUUGAAACAUUUUUCUUACGUAUUUUUCGAGAUAUUUGGAUGUGUGCAAGAUAAACGACACACCCCACAAUGUAUAUCGCUCACAUGGAUUCUUUCAACGUUAUUGGAUUCGUUCAAAGUCUGUGCCAUUAAGAGCUCUGGUUCGUUUAAUUUAUUGUUAAUUUUUAGAUCAUAGAUUAAUUUUCGUUUUAACAAUUUUGCGUAGUUUUAUAAGUAUACAAGUAUUUUAUUAACAUUCUUCAAUAGAUUAGCUUGUACUCGAUUUUGUAUAAAUAAUGUAUUUAUAUUUGCUCAAAAGCUGUAUAAUAGUAUAGGCUCAUUCUUUGUCGCUGCACCGAAUUGCAUUAAAACUUUCUAUCCUGCUUUCAUCAAACUUCAAAUAUGUAUCAUUUCAAAUAUGUAUAUGUAUACAUACAUAUUAGUUCAGCUAUAAAGAACAGACUUUUAUAUUAGCACGCAAAAAAUUAACUGAACAUUAGACUGGCAUUUAUUUCAUAUACUGUAAAUACUUCACGCUAUACAAUGACGAUGAUGAAGAUAUAUGUAAUACCAAUCUUAAUCUAUUAUUUCAAUAACAUAUCCUUAGCUUUAUUCCCAUCAAAUUUGUUAACUAAGCAUGAAGAAUUACGAAAAAAAAUUAAUAAAGCGUUUAAUUUUAAGUAUGGCGAAAUACUUUUGAACGUCGACGAAUAUGAAUAUCCAAGAUCUAACGAGACCUUAAGACAGCUACACAAACAACAAUGGCUAGAUUAUUACAAGUGUUUGGAAAAAAUAUAUGCAGAUAUGAAGAAUGAUAAAAUCACUUAUCCAAGCGCGCUUAUAGCACUCGAGGGAACUUCCGUAAUUUUAAAAUGUCAAAUUUGUAUCUCGCCGAUGGAGAUGCGUGUAACGUCUCUAAUAGAAUGGUACUUUAAUAGCAGCAGUAAUAAAAGUAACAGCGCUAAAAGUACGCUGCAGAAUAGAGAUCACAUUGUCAAUUCACCAGAUAACCGUUAUAUCAUCAUAUAUAAUGUCAAGUUAGAAGAAGCAGGGACAUAUUGGUGUGAAGUAGGAGAUACUAUAGGAUCAGUUUACUAUUUACAUGUCGAAAGCAAUUUGGAAACAAAUGUGAUUGUACAUUCGUAUAGAGCGUCUUAUGCAUUGCAAGCGGUGGAAAAUGUGCCGGAAUACAAAUUGAAGGUUUAUACCACUUGGACAACAUGGACUCCUUGCUCCAUGUGUGACGAAGUCGGAAUAAAGCUGCGAUACGGUUACUGUACCGUUGCUCUUUCAGAAAUGUUAGAGCACGGAUCUUUUAUUGAAGAAAGUGCAAUAAAUAAACUACGACAUGCGAAGCGAGAUAUAAGGAAAGCCAAACGAAAUCAAACGCACGAAGGCAUGACGCAAAUGGAAGCAAUAAAUGCAACCUUGAAGGUUCAAUUAAAAACAGCAUUAAUGUUAUUUAAGAACAAAUUACCGUGCAAAUCGAGACUUCUUCCAGAACAAGUACGAUUAAUUUCCGUUAUCAAAAGUAAAAAAACUGAAAUUGUGAGACAAUAUUGCAAGAAAAAAUGUCGGAAAAAUAUAAUAUUUGAGGUGCGUGAUGAGAAGGGCAAUAUUUUGGAAAGUGCAAACAAUAGUGCUGGUAUAUUUUCUAUGAUUCAAGGAAUGCCUGAGCCAUUACCAUCAAUUGCACGUAGUGUUGUUUAUGAAAAACACGACAAAAAGAUCAAACUUCUCUGUCCAGGAAAUCUGAAUGCAGAUAUUCCGAUUGUUUGGCGAGUCGAUGAUAAAACGAUAAAUCCAUCUCACAUUAAAUUCCAAUCAAACGGAAGAAUUCAUAUUAAUCCUCAGAUGCAAAUAAUAUUUGAAUCUUUGAAAUUUGACGAUGCUAAUAUAUACAGCUGUUGGCAAAAUAACGAAAUUGCUGGAGUAAUAAAGCUGAACGUAAUUGGAGAAAUAGAAUUCAAGCUGAAUUAUCAUGUUAUUUUAAUUGGUGCCAUCGUCAUAAUUAGCGUGGUUCUGAUAAUGUUUUGGAGAGCAUUUAAGGGACGAACGCGAUAUACGAUGCAUUAAUAAAAGCUAUUUUGUAAACGCUGAUAUGUAGAUUAAACUGUUCGACUAUUUGUAAAAUGGCGUGUUUGCGUUUAUGCACAAAGGAUGGAAGGAAAGCAAUGACUUCCAUCUUUAAAUUUUAAUUUAAAAAUACAGCAUGUUGUAGUAAAA